AUGGAUGGCAACAAGAGAGCGCGCGGGGCGGAGAAGGCCGCAGCAGCACGGUCCGUCCCGCCAGCCGCCCCCAGCGACGACGCCGACGCCACGUCGGCGCCGGCGCGGGUGGUUCGGAAGAUGCUGCCGGUACCCGGCGCGGCGGCCCCGCCACCACCGGUCGAUGAUGACGAGCCCGUGGCGGCAGUGGACGACAGCGGCGCCGGCGCGGGCGUCGUCGAGGACGACGACGACGAGCAGGUGGAGAGGUUCUACGCGCUGCUGGCCAACAUCCGGGCACUCAGGGGCCUGGUGCCGCCUCCGUACGCGGCCGGCAGCGGGGCGACGACCUCGAGGAAGCGGGCCGCGGAGCCGCCGUGGAGCCCGGCGUUCAGGAUGGAGGACUUCGAGGACCCCGCCGCGCCGCCGCCGUCGACCAAGAGGAAGCGCGCAGAGUGCGCGGACGACGGCGACGGCGACGGCAACAGCGCGAGCGGUGCGCGCCCGGUCCUCGCCGUCGCGCCGUCGCCGCCGCACGCGGCGGAACGCCACGACGGCGGCAGCUACAAGAACUGA